CUAACCGCUGGGGACGCACUGACAUCUAGCGGCGCUUUUUAGAAAGCAUGAAGAAAAAACUCCCCGCCAUAUGUGAUCAAGGACUUGCGAAGCAACGUUUAUAGGCGUAAACUAAUCAACCGUCACGGUCAGAUGGUGCAAAUUACACAAUGCUGUAAAUAUGACUUCAGCAGCAGCUCUAGGAGUAAACCCCAAUCCCGACAGAGGUAUUGGCUUAAGUCAUCUGCUGGGUACCGAGUAUGAAAGGAAGAAGCAGAAACUUCAGCGGGAGCUCCAGCUGGACUACAGAAACUAUAUAUCCAGGAAAACGGAUCUGAAAAGUAGACAGCCUCAACAACAACUUCAUGGAGUGUCACUACCGAUUGAUGAGAGGAUAUCUGUAAAGGAAAAACUGAGAGAGGAGAGAAAUAAAGAAUACAACCUCUUCCUCCAAGAACAAGCUCAAAUCAGAACGCUAAAGAGGAGAACAUCUUCUGUCAGUCCCAAGCGUGGACAGAUUCAGGCUUCAGAUGGCUUGAAAAUUUCUCCCCCUGCCUCCCCCCUGUCAUCCCAUCACAAGCAUACCCACACAAACAUAGUCCCCAUUCACAACGAGAGGAAAGAUGCUUCCACUCUGACCGAGGUGUUCAACGAUGGAGAAAUCGGGAAUCAAGUUCAGAGGCGGCGAAGACGCUGGCAAAUCCACAGAGCCGAGCCCUACAGCUCUGAAGACGAGCUAAACACUGACAGAGGGGAUGAGUUUGAUUUGAGAUACAGGAGGAGGAAGGACAGGCACACUCAAGAGCCUGAGUACAAAGAGGAGAUGACAGCGCAAGAGUGCAGAGUGAAGAAGGCUUCUCAGGACAUAAAGGAGACAGCGGCUUCUACAGUUUCUGAUCAGAAGACCAAUGAUACAAUUUUGAAGUCAGAUCUUCAAGUGCCAGCCAGCAUGAAGAUGGCCGCAAGAUCUGCUGUCAGGAAGGAUAAGGCUGAUUUUGCUACUGGACUCCUGAUAGGAGCAACAGAAGAGCAGGAGAUCACUCAGAUGAGGAAAGAACAAUACAGGCAGGAGUUACUGAGACAAAUUGCUGAAAAGCAGAGGAAGAAGAUGGAGGAGAAAAGACUUGAGCUGAGAGUUGACCCUGAGAAAGAGCCUGACUGGAUACAGCAGCUAGGGUCUGUGAAUCGUCACUAUAACAGCCUGAGCCAGGAUGUUCUUCACAAGCUAGGAAAAGAUCUAGAGGCCGAAGGGAAGCACCUAAAUGCCAGUCUUGAAAAUAGCAAACCCACUGAGAAUGCAGAUGAGAGAGCCCCCCCAGGAAAGUCCCAGGUGGACUUCAUUACAGCUCUCACACAACUGCCUGGGAAGACUGUGCCUUCAAAUGGGAUGGAAUUACCGCAAGGUGUCCCCUCACUGGACUAUUUUAGUGAGGACUACCACAGAGACUUCUCAAACAUCCUAGGAGAGGUGACCAUCCCAAGGGUUCCGAGUGUUGCUCCUCCUUUACCUCCCAUUGUACCUCACAAUUACAAGACUCCAUAUGAUGCAGAUUAUUACUACUAUGGAUCCAGGAAUCCAUUAGAUCCUCAUCUUCCUCACAAUCCAAAUGGUCUGCCCGGGGGGAAUCGGCAGUCUGAGAAUUCCAAGAUUCUGUCUCAGAGAACACGUCCUCUCAGAUCCAGUGGCCACAAUGAAGAAACUCAUCAACAUGGAGCAUCUGCUCUGGUUUUUGGAGAACUUCAUGCAGAAAAGUCAAAGCAGAGGAGAGAGAGUGUACUGAGCUACCAAGAGACACUCAGACAGCAGAUUAAAGAAAGAGAGGAGCACAGAAGAAUAGAGAAAGAAGAAGCAGCACGACUCAAUGCCAAGAUAGAGGCUGAGAUGAAGGCAUACAACCCCUGGGGGAGAAGUGGAGGAGGCGCUCCGAUUAGAGACCAAAAAGGCAACCUUGUUAGUGACCUGAAUCAGAUGCACAGGAUCAAUGAGGCAUCAUAUAGGAAUCCUGUGCCCACUCCUGGCACUGAAACUAGUUCUCCCAUUUCCCAUCGACUAACAGGUUUCAAGGAUGAGACACUUCAACAGCAGGACAGUUACAGAGCAGCCCUGAAACAGCAGAUAGAAGGAAACAAGAGAAAACAGGAAGAGGAAAGAGAACGGAUUAGGAUUGAGGAGGAGAAAGAAGAGAAGAGGCUGGCCAUGGAGAGGGCACGCUUACAGGAGGAAUAUGAGGAGGAGCAAAGGAAAGAGAAAAGGAGGACUGAGCAUAAGCUGAAAAACCAAGGCUGGAUCCAUGAAGCUGAAACACAUCGUGAGAAGCAAGAAAAGGUGGUGAGGCAGGAAAGAGAGACUAAGAAGGUACCUCAGACCACCAGGGUGGAGAAAGACUCACGGUUGAAUUAUGAGAGGCAGCCCUCUCCGCCUGUCCCAACCUUGCAGAAAAAGCUGGCAAAUCUUGCGCCAUCUAGGCCCUCCUCUGUUUUGAGCCAGCGCUCAUCCAGAACUAAUCGCUCGGUGUCAGCACCGCACCACCGACCACCCGAUAAAAUUCCCAGCCAGCAGGAUGAUCAACAGGAAGUGAUCAGAAAGCUGUCAGCCCUCUGUAGUUAUCUGAGGAAAGAGCAGCGACAACUGGAGGUUCAGAUGGGUCGCACAGAUUCACGCGAGACCCACUACAAUCUGGUAAACAGAAGACGACCAAGGGCGGAUGCCCUUAAAUCUGCACAUAGAGAAGCUGUCCUGUCUUCAGCUAGGAGUCCUUCUCCAGCUGACGCACAUGCUAACAGGCAAAACAUCAGGGAGUUCAUCCAGCUUAAACACAGAGAUACGACAUCUCGUGAGGAGGUUCGAACCCUGUACCCUGACCCUCCCGCUGACGCGCAAAGUCUGGACAUCCAGCAGCAGGCCCUUUUACGUGAACAACAGCACAAAAUCAGGCUAAUGAAGAGACCGGAAGAUGGUAGUCAACCUCCAGCAAACGCGCGGUCACCGCGUCUUCCUCCCAGAAGAAUUUGGGUAGAGAUCUUCUUGGGCCAUCAACUAGGUCAUUAUUAUCCUAUCAAGAACCCUGGACGUGCCACUCACAGAAACCCCAUAUUGCCAUCAGAGAGUUCUUUUAUUGAUUACAGUGGUGAGGCACGUGAGCAGAGAUCCCCUCAACCAUCAGCAGAGCACCAGGAGAGGACGGUCCCAAGGAGGAGACUUAACUAUGAUGAGGUGGCUGACAAGGGGGGUGAUAAUCUGCCAGCAGUACCCAGUCUCAACAACCAGAACAAACGCCAGAUUACGAGGCCAGACUCCCACUCUGGUGAUCACAGCAUAAAAGACUGGCUGCCCGGUGAUGAAGCGGACGUGUCGUCGCUGGGCUCUGCCAUGGGGAGGCGCAGCUCUGUGGACACUGUUGCCACGGAACUGUGGCUGCGGCCCGGAACGUCAGACGCUGUAAAGCAGUGAGGCUGUAGCGACAGGAUAAACAGCCGGAUGGGAGCUCCACACAGACUUAAACACUGCAUUGCACAGCUCCCAUUGGUGGCUCUCUAAACUGGAAAUGCACAGCCACCUUUUCUGCAAAUGCAGGUGGGGGUUCUCAUGAGAACUGAUGUCCUCCCUGUGCAGUGCUUUACGGACUUACACUUUACUUGUGUGCUGUUUCUAUUUGCUCUCAUUGGAGACCAGAGUCUGUAAAAACAUUAAUACUAUUAGAUCACAGAAGAAACAGUUAAUACAAAACUCACUGUGGCCAAUUCCUCUUUACCUUCUACAUUUAGCACAUUAAAAUUUUGUAAAGGUGGGAUUCAGUUAAUGAAUAAAGUCAUGAUGUUUUUGAGCAAUAAAAAU